GGUUUCCAGUGCCAGCUCUGAUUCAAAGGAAAGGGAUAAUAAAGUUGGAUUAAGCCAGUGAGAGUCAACCGAUUCAGUCGUCAUGGCGACGAUAAUCAACAACAACUUUAGCCAACCGGCUCAGCCUCCUCUGCAACAGACCUCAGCUCUCAUAGCAGUCCACAAUGACCAGUGGAGCACAGACAUCUGUGGCUGCUUCGACGACUUACACAUCUGCUGCUUCGGCUUCUGGUGCUUUCCUUGUUUCACCUGCACCGUCACCUCAGACUUUGGCGAGUGUUUCUGUCUCCCCCUGUUGGACAUGUGGUCAUUUUCCGGGCCCGCCGUGUCCAUGUCAAUGCGGGUGGCGGUUCGCAGCCGCUAUGGCAUUCAGGGUGAUAUGAUGGCUGACUGGAUGUAUUCCACUCUCUGCAAUAUCUGCUCCUGGUGCCAGAUUGCCCGGGAGAUGAAGAGACGCAGCCAGAACUUCACGGUCGUCAACUCCCAGCCCAUCUUGCUGCCGGGUCAAAACAUUAUGAUGGCCUCCCAGCCAGGAGGGCUCAUCGCUCAGCCCGUGGUCAUCUCCUCUCAGGCAAUGAUCAGGCAGAAUUGAGCCUUAAAUGUGUCCUUUGAACCUGCACACAUGUAUGUUAUGCAUUGCAGACCACGGACCAAUUCUCUCAUCUGUUGAAUUUGAAAUGAUACGUAUACAAACUGUUACAUUCCAUUCUGUUGGAUAUUGUAUUGUAACAGAAUCAAAAUUAAUUAAUGGAGGUAUCCCCGUGUCUUCCCUGUGGUAUUAGCCUUAUAUUUACUUGAGUCUCUCAGCAUAGGUUAGUUCUGUCUAAGAA